GCCACCAUGAACACCAACGUGUGCGUGGAGAGCGGCCCCAACCCCGAGGCGCCGGGGCUGCCCAAGGACAGCCACCUGCCCGAGGGGGCCCUCAACAGCCUUGUGGAUUACAACUCGGAGAUGGAGAGGUACCGCUCCUUCGCCACCUUCUACAAGACCAACGGCGGCGCCUUCCCGCAGGCGGCCAAGAUCGCGCGCAUCACCACCCCCAUCUUCCCCAGCGCCGCCGCCGCCGCCGCCGCCCGCAUCGGCAUGUCCCCCUGGAACUGCGACACCGCCACCGCCGCCGCCGCCACCGCCAUGCUCUGGGGCAGCGGCGGCGGCGGCGGCGGCGCGGCGGGCGGCGCGAGGAAGCCCUCCUCCUCCUCCUCCUCCGCCGCCGUCGCCGCCGCCUCCGCGGCCGCCGCCGCCUCCUCGCUGCACGCCGGCAGGGGCGGCAUGCACCACCGGAGCGACUCGCAGCGCCUGGGCAAGCCCGGCUGCGCGCCGGCCGAGCAGCCCGCGCUGCCCAUGGCCAACGGCAACUUCCUCUCCGGCUUGGCCCCCGAGCACUGCCGGCCACUGGCGGGCGAGUGCAUGAACAAGCUCAAGUGCGGCGCCGCCGAAGCCGACAUCAUGAACCUCCCCGAGCGCGUCGGCACCUUCUCGGCCAUCCCGGCGCUGGGCGGCCUCUCGCUGCCACCCGGGGUCAUCGUCAUGACGGCCCUGCACUCCCCCGCCGCGGCUUCGGCCGCCGUCACAGACAGCGCCUUCCAGAUCGCCAACCUGGCGGACUGCCCGCAGAGCCACGCCUCGGCCGCCCCCGCCUCCGCCCUGGGCGCCGGGGCCGGGGCCGGGGCGGGCAACCCCGCCAAGAAGAAGCGGAAACGCUGCGGGGUGUGCGUGCCCUGCAAGCGGCUCAUCAACUGUGGAGUCUGCAGCAGUUGCAGGAACCGCAAAACGGGACACCAGAUCUGCAAAUUUAGGAAAUGUGAAGAGCUUAAGAAAAAACCUGGCACUUCGCUAGAGAGAACACCUGUUCCCAGCGCUGAAGCAUUCCGAUGGUUCUUUUAAGCAGUAGUGUAUCUUAUUUUCAAGGCAGUCCGAAGUGAAUGGCAAGCUAAAGUCUUGUUUUAAGAAACUGCUUAGUCUACCACUGAAGAAUAUACUCAGAUACUAUUUUCAUUUCUGUAUAGGGGUUUCCUCAAAAGCAAAAGACAAAAAUCUGGGAGCCUGGGGAAUUGGCCAGCUUAUUCACAUUCAGUACACUGAUUCUUUCUUUGAUGUAACUUAGCUAUACUAGUGAAGUUGUUGUCUAUUUUUAAAGUGGCUGUUAAAAAAAAAAAAAACACAAAAAAAAAAAACCAAAAAAAAAAAAACAAAAAAAGUUUGGGUAAACCCCUGCUAUAAAGUCAUGUAUCUUUGAAAAGUAACAUAUCUAUACUUCAUUUUCAAAUAUAUGUGUUUCAGUACUGUAAACUGUACAGAUAGCCGCUUGUAUUUUGUGUGUUUAGACACAAGGAGACAAUCAUGUCUGAGCAUCUAUGGAGAUUAAUGGUUUGUACACAACGGUGUGGUUCUGCGAGUUAAAUCCGGAGCAAUAAAUCCUAGCUUUAAAUAUUAUUUUGCUAGUUGUUUAGCAGCAGCAGCAACAGCAGCACUGUUUUACCAUGCAUCCUUCCAUAGAGACUUGAUACCAAGUUUUGGAAGAUAAAAAGAUUGUGACGCAUCUAGCAAUUACCUUCCAUCAUGGUGUUGUGAGAGGGGAAGACAUAAAAUGUAAGAUUAAUCUUUCACGCACUAUAUUAGAGUAGUGGUUAAUGCACUUGCCUUGCUUCCGAAGGAGCUUUACAUAGGGGUAUCCAUCCAAAAAUGCUGUAUGGUGUUUGACCUACUUUUCACUGAGUUCUAAGGCGAAGUGCCCAGCCUAUGUGGAUGUGCAUAAAGCUUGUUCUAGGAUGGAAAAUGAGGUGAGCAUGAGCCCUUAGUAUAAAUAAGGACUCGGCUUCAUUGCCCUCCGUGUACGGGUUCUUAUGUAAAGUUUUUGGUCAGUGGAGUAAAUGUUUUGUAAAGCUGAAUGCAGUAUUUUUGGUCCAAGAGGAGCUCUUCACGGUUGAGUUUUGACCAUUGGACUGGUUUGGGUCUCACUUGCAGUUGUAUUUAUUUGAGAACCUGAAUAUUUUUGAAGUAUAAAACUGAAUUUAAAAAUACUUCAAUAACAAAGACCUCCCUACAUGGUCCUUGUUCCACUCUUCUCAGCUUUGCUGAACCACUGCUCCCUUAGGCCCUGAGCAGAGUGCUGUGCUGCUCUCCUUCCUGCUCUGACUGGGUGGAGGAAAUAGCUGGGAAAAAUAAGGAGGAUACUGAAACUUAGCGAUACUUAAUACUGGUUGAUCAUCACUUCUUAUUGCUCGGCCAUACCAUUCAUGAGUGAAAAGGCCAUCCCGUCAAAGUAAAUGAAUGCUGUUGUGCCGCAUACUUGAUAGAUUUAUCAUUUUAUACAAAGUAAGACUGCCAGUAGUUUCACAGAACAGGUGCUGGGCAUGGAAAGAACUGAUCAGUGGUGCACAGCCCACCCAAAUCUUCUCUCAUUUCAGCUGUUUCUUCAUGAAUGUGCUCAGUGCUCCAGCCUGUGGUCCCCAGUCACCCUCAUGAGGUGGAUCGUGUGGGAUGGUGGGGAGUGUGGCAGUGCGGGGCCUGUGUGGCUGAGGGGAUGCUGGCUUUGGCAGGGGAGGGGGCUCUUGCGAGCCAAGGUCCUCCAGGAGGAGCCUCCUGAGAUUACCCACGUGUGUCGGCUGGGCUGGGCAUGGGUGGGUCAUUGUAUCUGAAGGAGCAUGGAUGGAUGAAGGGUGGACCACAGGCCUACGUCUUUGCGUGCAUGACUUUGGAAAUGGAGUGUUACACUCAAAGUGCUUCUGUCACAGUGCCCCUCCUUUUGUUUAUAAGGGGUCAUCAGUUGGAUAAGCAUACAAUGAGCUUUACGUCUGUUCUUAUGUCAACUGUGUACGGAUUUCUCUUUGUGUUUGAGACUUUUUGGUUAGGGCCUCUGUUGUUGACCAGUUGACUAACACAAGCUCUGUAAGGUCUUCUCUACUAAAAUGCUGAUUGAUUUAUCAACUGAAGCCUUAUUUGCACAUCUGGCUGGUAAGCUUGCCUUGCUUUUUGGAAAAUUGUGAUUGUUCUUAAAGAAGUAGAGACAAGAUUAAAUUCAGGCUGCAUUAGGUGUACAAAGAAUAUUCAUAGCGAUGUACUUACUGUCUAAUACCCUAAUGUUGCAUGUGUUGAUGUGCUUUCUUUUUUUUUUGUUUUGUCGUCUUCUUUUAAAGAACUGAUGGAUCUGUAUAUUGUAAUUGUGGUGUUUUACAUGUCAAUUCAAAAUUGUUAAAAAACAAACAAGCAAACCUGUUAAUUACUGAAAAAGAACAAGAGUUGAUUUUUCUUUGGUUUCCCCAUGUGGCUUUCAUUUUGGAUAUUGUUCCUUUACACCAUUGCGGUUUUAGACUUGGGGAAAACAGUAUUUCUGAGAUGUGGUACGCAUAGAGAUUUUGGUUUGGGAUGUUUGAAGAAGGAAAUCCCUUUGCUGGCCUUCCUCCUCCCCUGUUGUAUACAUAUUUGUAAAAUGGUUUCUUUUUUUUUUCAAGUUCUAAUGACCUAAUUUGUGCUUUUCUCAAAGUCCAAAAAUAUUUUCCAGUAUGAAAAUCUGUAUUCCUCUAUGUCUUUCAUUCACACGGUGCAAAAAAAAAAAGUUAGAAAUUGUAAAAGAAAAGCAGAACACAAUUUCACAGUCUUCUAGGUAUGAGCACUAAGCCUAAUGGAAGCAUUGUUGGCAUACCCCAGAUAAAUGUAGGAAAAAUGGUAAGGCUGAACGGGAGGCAUACGUACCCAUUCUGUAAAUUAAUAACAGACCCCCCCUAAGAGGGAAAUGCUCUCUUUUGUGCAGAACCCCUGGUAUGUAAGUCAUGCAAUUAAUGUUAAAGCAUAUCAAGUCUUUAAAUGGGCUAUAUCUGUAAUCAAAUAAUGAAGAAAGAAAGUAGUUAAAUGAACAUACCAUUCAGGGUCGAAUACACUCAGCAAAAAGCAGUAGUGGGUCUUUGAUCAUGGUUAGAUGCAUAGUGAUAUCAAACAGUGGAUUCUCAUGUAACAGCUAAAUGUUUCAGAUUUUGUUUUUAUUAAAUUUGGCAGUUUCACGCUGAGCUCUACUGUACUCUUAGUGAAUAAAAGACAGCUCCUAUGUUAGAAAGUACUCCAUUUUCACAAUUGCAGGGAACUAGGAGGUUUUUUUUCAGAAACACGAGCCACAGAAAUGUACUCCUUUCACAGUGUUCUCCUAUUUCUGAACUGUGCAGUUAUCUAUUAAAUUUUCUAAUAGAUAUUUGUGUAAGGUGUAUGUAUGCUUGUGCAAUUAUGGAAAAAAAAAACAGUUUUGGAAAACGGUGUAUUUAUGAAAAAAAAUCACUUAUGGGGCAUGUACAAAACUGUAUAAAAACAUUCAAUUUGCCCAGUAAAGUUGUUUUUGUGAUAUUUCUGUGUUGUUGAAUAAAGGACUUUAGUAUUCAA